CGUCAGGCCUCUUGAGAUUGAUUUUCUAGCAUAAACAAUUUCAACAAAUCUGAGAAUUGCCCAUUUAGUAGCAUUAUUAACAGAGCUUGUGCUUGCGUACUUUCAACAAUGAAGUGUUUUAUUUUAAUUGGGCUAAUAGGCCUUGGUUGGGUAGUAGCCAUUCUAGGGGCCUCUUGUACGGUGUCAAACUAUUACGAUGUUUCAACGGCAGCUGAAACCUGCGACACAUUGAUUAUAGGAGAUUUGGUAAUUCCUGCAGAAACCACUCUGGAAAUUAAUUUGAAAGAUGGUGCAAAGUUGAUUUUUGACGGUCAUUUAACACAUGAAGUGGCUGAGUGGACUGGCGACUUAGUUCACAUCAAGGGAAAGAAUGUUGAAAUAUCUGGAACAGCAAACCAUCUGCUUGACGGUCUGGGUCCUCAACAUUGGAAAGGAGCAGGCGAAUCAACAAUAUUGCGGCCCAAGUUUAUGCGAAUUCAGGUAGAAGAUUCCACAGUGAAGGACUUGAACAUCAAGAACUGUCCCAACAAUUGCGUCGUUUUGUCCAAGUCUACUAACUUGCUUGUAACGAACAUUAACAUUGAUAACUAUGAUGGAUACCCAGGAGUUAUCGGAGCAAACUAUGCGAAAAACACCGAUGGAUUUGAUGUGGCUGGAGGCAGCGGAAUCAGAGUGGAAAACUCAGUAGUUAUCAACCAGGAUGAUUGCGUUGCAGUUAACGGAGGAUCGAAUAUGGUUUUCGAAAAUUUACACUGCAAUGGCUCCCAUGGAUUGAGUUUCUCGAUCAAAAAUGGGGACGUGUCCGAUAUUCAAUUCUUAAACUCCAAAGUUGAGUAUUCCAACAAUGUAAUACACAUCAAAACUCACAACGAUGGGGAUACGGGAUCAAUAAAAAAUGUGCUCUAUAAAAAUAUUGAAUUCACAGGCAUUGACAAGUUUGCGAUAUCGAUUCAGGAGAAUUAUCCAAGUGGGGAUGCUAAAGCCAACAUCCCGAUCACAAACCUGACUUUAACAAAUAUUCAGGGAACUAUGACCGGAAGCAAUAGCAUGGCCUUGCAAAUAGUUUGUGCUCAAGGAGGAUGCGCCGACUGGCACUUCACAGAUGUAUCAGUUAGUGGAGCAAAGAAGUCCAACACUUGCCAAGAAGUCCCCAGCGGAAUUUCCUGUUGAUUGUUUGAUGAAAUAUAGCAACUUUGAAAAGCA